AUAAUAAAAAUAUGUAUAAAACAAUAAUACCGAUUGUUGGAAUUAUGAUAAAUGUUCUACAAAACUCAUUCAAAUCUUGAUUGUUUUAUAAAGUGUGAAUAGGCUAUUCAAAUAAAAAAUGACUGUAUUUCCAAUCUAUCAGUAAUCGUUGACGUUUUUCACUGGGACACGUAGUGGUGAUAAGAAAUUGUGAUAUGAAUAAAACAUUGUGAAAAUGCGGUACAAAAUUUUAUUGUUUAUUGUGAUUUCAAUAGUACACUACAAACUAACUAAUGGAACCCUUCGUGGACCCUUAGAAUCUAAUAAAAAACAAAAUACAGAUGAAAAAUCUAAGAGCUUUAUAGCAUCUUACAGUGAAGAUGAUGAUGAAACCUCCCCAUUGAAAAUUGUCCAACCUCCCGAUUUGUCGAAAGAAAAAGACAGAAAGAAAGAAACUGUAGAUAUACUGAUGCUAGAUCAAGCUAAAGUUCUUCAAAAAAUGGUUGAAGAGCUUGAUUUCAUAAGAACUUCUAUAAUAGAUGAAAGUCCGAGUGAUAACUCAGAGGAGGAACUUCCUCCUAUGCCUGAUGCUCUUCUUCAUCCAAAAGAGUUGACCCCAGAAGAAAAAGAAGCUAGAGAAAUAUUUGAUCAAGCUUCUCAAAUGCUUAAUAAAACUAGGCCAGAUAAGAACAAAGCCUACACUCUGCUGCAAGAGGCUUCAAAUAAAGGUAGUCAAGAAGCAAAAGCUCUCAUUGCUUGGGCAAAACUGUUCGGUAAUCCUUUGAAGCAAGAUAUUAAAGGUGCUCAUGAAAUUUUCGAAUCAUUAGCUGAAACUGGAAAUCCAGAUGGGCAUACAGGUCUAGGUUUCUUAUAUUCUACUGGAUUAACUGUGAAUGUUAGUCAAGCUAGAGCUUUAGUACAUUAUACUUUUGGAGCAAUUGGUGGAAAUAUAUGGUCGCAAAUGGUCAUGGGUUAUAGAUAUUGGUCAGGAAUAACUGUAUCACCAAGUUGUGAGAAGUCCUUGGACUUUUAUAGGCAAGUUGCUGACAAAGUUAGUCAGGGUGUUACUUUUGGGGGAGGAGCGGCCAUUCAGAGGAUAAGGCUACUUGAUGAAUUGGAGAAUGGGUAUUCAUCAGGCAUAUUAGACAAUGACCUCAUUGAGUAUUACCAACUUCUUGCAGAGAAAGGAGAUAUUCAGGCACAGGUUGGAUUGGGUCAACUGCAUUAUCAAGGAGGAAGAGGUGUAGAUUUGGACUACCAGAAAGCUCUCCAUUAUUUUACACAAGCGGCUAAUGCAGGCAAUGCAGUUGCAAUGGCUUACUUAGGAAAAAUUUAUCUGGAUGGAAGUGAUGAAAUCAAGGCUGAUAAUGCUACAGCAUUUAAGUAUUUCAAAAAAGCAUCAGAUCUAAACAACCCAGUGGGUCUGAGUGGAUUAGGUCUGAUGUAUUUGUAUGGAAGGGGAGUGGAAAAGGAUUAUGUUAAAGCCCAUAAAUAUUUUCUUGCUGCAGCAGAUCAAGGCUGGGUGGAUGGUCAACUUCAGUUAGGCAAUAUGUACCUUAAUGGUUUAGGAAUGAGAAAAGAUUACAAAUUGGCUAACAAAUAUUUUUCAUUGGCAUCUCAGUCCGGACACGUUUUGGCGUACUAUAAUUUAGGGCAAAUGCAUGCACAAGGUACUGGUAUGCUGAGAUCCUGUCCCACAGCUGUAGAGUUAUUCAAAAAUGUAGCAGAAAGAGGAAGGUGGGGUGAACUCUUGAUGCAGGCUCACACAGACUACAGGGAUGGAAAUUACAAUGGUGCAUUUGUGCAGUAUGCCUUAUUAGCGGAACUGGGUUAUGAAGUGGCACAAAGUAACGCAGCCUUUCUUUUGGAUAGAGGAGAAGUCCCAAUGUUGUCGGGAAGUGAAGCUCUUGUCAGGGGGCUUCUCUAUUGGGGUAGAGCUGCUGCUCAAGGUUAUUCUGCAGCUCAGGUGAAAUUGGGCGAUUAUCACUAUUACGGCUUGGGUACUCCAGUGGAUUAUGAAGCAGCGGCGACCCAUUACAGGCUAGCAUCUGAGCAGCAACAUAAUGCUCAAGCAAUGUUCAAUCUGGGAUACAUGCAUGAGCAAGGACUGGGAAUGUCUAAAGAUAUGCAUCUUGCUAAAAGGUUGUAUGAUUUGGCAGCUGAAACUAGUAGUGAUGCUAAGGUACCAGUAGCCUUGGCACUCAUCAAAUUAAAUUUCUUGUUUGGAAUGGAAAUGUUACAACAGAGUCCAAUUUAUCAAGUAGUGGAAUUUACCGAGCUGUUCAGUUCUUAUUGGGACAUGUAUCUUCUCACCAUCCUUUCUCUGAUUUUAUCCACAAUUAUUUACAUUAGAUGGCAACACAUUAGAGUCUGAAUUGAAGGGAAAUUUCAAAAGUGUGUGGUGUGAACAAUUUUUGAUAUGUAAUUGAUAGUGUCGUGAAAUGUAAUUGUUUUCGAUAAUUUAUUUUGUAAAUACCAUUGUUGAUGAAUGAAGUCGCCACUACAA